UAUUUGAUCUUAAACCAAGCUCAGUUUCAGUUUCUCGUGUUAACCGAUUCAUCCAAACAUAAUAAAAACAUGAAAAAUGCGGGACAAUCCAUUACUUUCGAUUAAUUAAAGUAAAAAGAAGAUGGAGGAAAAAGGAGGAGAGAGAUGGAAGGGAGCGAUCGCAAAUAUAUCAGAGAUAUCAAAGAAUCUGAAUUCCUUAGAAAACUUACUCAUCAACAAAGCUGUUUAUCUGGAUCCAGAUUCUUUCGAAAAAGCCAAUCUCACCUCUGAUCAAGCCCGCUCUAUCAAGGUUCUUGAACAAAGGGUAGAGACUUUAGAAAGGGAGCUGGAUGCUGCCAUUUCUGCUGCAGCCCGUGCCCGUACGGAAAAACGUGAAGCUGAAGCAGGACAAAAGGCUGCAGAAUUACGAGCACAGGAAAUCACAAAGGAGUUGGAGAACACCACAAAAGUGUUUGAACUUCACAUGGAUGAAUUGCGAGCAAAACAAGACGAGAUUUCGAAACGGGAUAAUGAGAUUAAGCUUCUAGAAGCUAUAAUUCGGACACUAGGAGGAAAAGAAUGAGCUUAGCUUUAGUGUAUAAAGUCAGGUCAUUGUGUUGUGUUGCAUUCCAAUUUUAUCAAGUCCCAAACAUGUUAUAACGAUUACAUCUUUGGAUUAUGUUAUGUUUGAUUAGAUGAAUAUAAAAUUAUCAGUUGCACUAAUAA